CGCAGGCGGAACCACUGUCGGGAGGGAAAUUUAAAAAGUGCGGACAGCUUUUGGUGUGACAGGAAGCAAACAAGACAACCAACUGAGCACUCGAAGAAAUCAGUUAGCUUCUUAAAAACACAAGAAGACGGAGAAUAUUAAUAUAUAUUAACAUAUGAUUCGUUUCUAAACGAGUGUUAACCUCAAUGUCACAGAAUGGAGACUUAUCACGACCAGACUUUAGACUCACCCUCCAAAAACAGCUACAUUGGGAGCUAUUACCAGCCUCCGGACAGGAUACGACCACUAGCAAGACAGCUGGAGUUCCCUGCCUCCAUCAGCAAAGACCCACAGAUGACCAGCUCUCGGGUUUCUCAGACAAAUCGUAACUAUGACAGCACAGCUGUUGUUGAUGCCCUGAAGACCCUCCAGGAGAAAAUCAGGCGAUUGGAGCUGGAGAGGACGAAAGCGGAGAAGAGCUAUAGUCAGUUCUCCCAUGAUGCUCAGAGGCAUCAACAGGUCAUAGCAUCUUACAUGGCGCCCAGUCAACCAGCAGCCAGCCUGCCUGAGACGGAUAACUCUGGCAGGAAAGAUGUGUUUAUGAGAACAGAGCUGGACUCAAAGCUGCAGUCUGCAGAGUCGCGGUGUAAGGUUCUUGAGAAGCAGCUGGACUACAUGAGGAAGAUGGUUGAAAACGCUCAGAAAGAGAGGAACGUCGUCAUGGAGAAUCAGGUUUCACUGCAGAACCAGCAGCCAAGCAGCUCAAACACCCAACAUCCUCAGCGGGACAAGCUGGAGAAACUUGAAUCGGAGUGUCUCAAACUGAGUCAGACCCAAACUCUAGCAGAGACAAAGCUUGACAUUCUAGAGCAAAAGCUACUGAAAGAGGAGCAUGAGCGUAAACUUCUGCAGGGAAAAGCAGACCAGCUGCAGAAGGACUUGGACAUCAACUUUCGAUUGUCUGUGCCAACUACUGAAGAAAUAAAGCCAAAGAAGAAAUCAAAAAAGAAAACGUCCAGACAGAAUGAGCUGGCAUCACCAAGCGGCCCAACACACACAAAAAUGCCCUUUGUUGCAGGAACGUCGACCAGCCCGAGCCAUUCAGUCCACGCCAACAUACAAAGUAUACUUCACAUGAUGAAGCACCAUCAGCCCCAGCUGUGUGAGCAAGUCAGCAUGCUGCAACGGUCUGGUUGUGGAGCCAAGAAAAGCCUCCAAAAGGACUUUUCUCCAUCUUCCGCCACUUUCCAGAAGCCUGACAGGGAUCUUGAACGAGCAGAGCAGUCACUGGGCUCGCUGUCUGACCUGCUCUUGGCGCUGCAGGACGAGCUAGGACAAAUGAGCUUUGAGCAUCAGGAGUUGGUGCAACAGAUAGACGCAACCCAACAUUGCGAGGAAAGUCAGGAUCUGCAGAGAGAGCUGGAGAGGCUGGUCGCCAGGAUGGAGGAGAAGGGAGCUCAGAUCACUAAGCUCCGCAAACACCAGAAGACGGUCCGUAAAUUGACCCAGGCCCAGGCAUGUGUUGAGGAACACACAGCCAAGAAGUUGAGUUGUAUCAAGCCUCCUGUUCCUGUUAAGACUAAGAAGAAAGCAAAGAAAGGUGCGACCACCCACAACAACCUGCAGCUUCUUAAAGACACCCAGAAGUUCAUAAACAGCCUAAAACAAGACGACAUCUCCUGGGAAACAUGAGGUUCUCUGAAAGACCUUCCUGUGUGCGGGCUUUGAUGCUACAGCUGGAUAAACCACGAGACUCCCCUUGGUUCCUUCCAGCCUGUUUUUCCCUCUUCUUCAAAUGGCCUCUUUAUGGUAACAAAUGAAAAGAGGGAAUAAACACAGGACUUGAUAAUGUGUUACUCAUGAAACCUAUUAAUUAAAGGGUGAUUGGCUUAAAUGAAAUCUUGCACAUACAGGGUCUUUCUUAGGUAGAGAGUGUGUAGUUUAUUUAUCAUGACCUUAAUCUCAUCUCAAAUGAAGUUGAAUAUUUUUAAUAUUUUCAAAUUUUAAUAAAGCUUAUUCUCUCUA